AUGGCUCACUAUGCUCCCGUCACAGCAGAAUGGCAUCCUUCGCUUGCGAACCAACAUCGCAGCAAUCUGCUCAGUCAUGGCAAGCGAAGGGCCGAAGACGAACUCGAGUCUCAAUCCAACAUCUCGUCGCAUUUCAAGAAACUCCGGCUGAACCAAGCCAACAACAGCCAUAGUAAUGCACUCUCACACCAAUAUUCACAACCCUCCGCGUUCACUCCUUCAGUUGCGCCUUCGUCGCCUUCUCAGGUCCAACAGAUCCGACUGAGUCCGCCGACCAGCCCUUCGACAGUCUCAUUCCGCCCGCACAUCGCCAACACCGAUGCUCGACCCGCUCUCCCUCUUCCCACGUCCAUUCAACUCGAUUAUGGACCGCCUCCUCCGCCGCAUCCUACACCCGUACCUCAGAUGUCUAUAAAGCCACCAACGCUCCCGGAUGCGGACUUCAUGACCGUCGACGACACCCCUCACAGGAUAAUCAUCCACGACCUAGAAUCAGAAAUUGCCCAAAUCGAAGCCGAGGAAGCCGCCCACAACGCCACAAUCUUCCUCUCGGAUAUAGACAAACAGGUGUCGCGUGUGCCACAGAAGCUGCUCGAAACCCGGAACCACGAUCGACUUCCUCAACCUGCGGGGCUGCCACCCGAGAAUCUAAAUACAGCGUUGGUACUAUACCGAGAUCCAAGUAGCAUAUCCGUGCCGGAGGAGGAUGACGUGGUCAGGAAGACCAUCAUUGAGGCGAGACGGAGGGCGAGAGAGAAGACGGCCGAGGAACAGAGAGAAAAGGAAAGGAGGGAAGCGCAAGCCAGGGCUCUACAACUUGACCAAAAGAGCGUGGAAUGGGACGAUGCAAUGACAGACAAUUCCUUCCAUGGAGGGGGAAUGGUGGAUGACGAUGUAGAUGCAAUGGAAAUAGAAUAG